CGGGAUCGUCUUUUCUCAUAACAUUCCUCUCCGGCAGUUCAAUUCUACAAUUCACAGUGAAGCAAGCAAGCAAAGCAAUCAUGGACGCUUACGCUCCGCUACUAGAUAAAACGAAAGUGCCGCAGCCGUCUCUGCAGAAAUUCGCGGUUGUUUCAAUUUUCUCGAAGCUCCGUUCGGCGCCGGGGUACCUGGACUCCGAUUCCGAACCAGGUAGAGAAGCAAUCUCACAGUGCCUGCAGUCUCGGUCGCCGGCAGUUGUUGACCAGGCGGUCCGCGAGCUCUGCCGGUUCGUCUCGGAUUCGAAAUUGGACCUCUCACGGGGCUUGCUCGAGCUCCAGUCAGCACUCGAAGGUACAGACGAGAAGUUCGUUGGCUUGUUUGUUAAAGGCAUUGGGUUUCUGGUUCGGCUGGGCUUCGAGAAGAGCCAUGGCUCUUGGCGGUUCGCUUCCCCGGAGAAUCAUCCGUUUGUCAAGGUUUUGCUGUCCAGAAGCGAGGUGCAGUCUGAAUUGGUGCAGCAAGUUUUACUGUUUAUGGCUAAGAGUAGGGGACUAGGAAUGGAGGAAGUCUGUGCAUUCUUGAGACCCUUGCUGAACUUUUCAGUUCUGAGAUUACCCUUUUCAGAUUCCUCAUCGUCAUUGUUUGCAAGGCGGCUAAUAUCAUCAGUGGCGUCGUGUUGUUGUUCAUUCCCCAAUGAGGGAAUUGCUAUUCUCAAGCUAUUGAUAGACUGCCUAAAAUAUCUGCCACAUAAGACUUCGGAUGAGCUCCGGAACUCCUACUAUUUUAUAGAAUGUACUGCUGAUGCAUAUGUAGUGGUUUUAAGACACGCGAUUGAAACAGGGCUGUCAGUUGGCAAGGCCCAGCUGCUUGGGGUUGACCUGUCAGAAACAGUUCUUGCACUGUUGGCAUGUUUUCAUGGCCGUUCUGGUGGCAGUGAAGCAAUUUAUGAGUUAUUGAAGCGCCUAUUUGUUGUUCAGAAGGAUCUUGGACUGGAAUUCAUACCAGAAUUGUCAGCAACACUGCUUUCUUUGUCUAUUGCCCUUGCGCAGUCUGAGCUUGAACACGAGCAGCUUUCUGUAGUCAAACUCCUCAUCUUCCUUCUUAGGUGGAAGAAUGGAAAUGGAUAUUCCGUCUCACUGAUCCAACCUGCUCUAAGUGAAGAACUCAUUCUCAUGUGUCCUGUGCUUAACCUUAUGUCGUCAGCUUCCAAACCUGUUAAGGCUGCAGUAGCUGAUUUAGUUAGCAUGGUAGAGAACUGCAUAGUGCAAUUAUUAAAAGAACCCAAGACUGAGGUAGGCAUGAGCUGGAAAUUUCCACAUAUAAGUACAGUGGGGACUAUCAUUUAUAGGCUUUUGCAACAUCUUUGGUUUCAGGAAAAGUUUUCGAAGUCUACACUGUGCUAUAUGGAUCUUGUUUCUGUUGCUGAAACUUAUAAUGAAGAAAAGAAAAAAUUGGGGCCUUCAGAUUGGGUGUCUCAAGUACGAGACUAUUGUUUGAGGGUCGUUGACAAGCGGAAAUCCUCACUGCCUCUGUCUCAGUUUGAAGGAGUUUCCUUGACAGAGAUCGCACCACUACUCAGUGCUGCUGGUGCGGUGUUGGUGAUCCAUCAGUCACUGGGGAACAUUGCCAUAGAUUUGUUGGCAGCUAUUGGCACUAUGGAUCCUAAACAGGGAGUUGGAUUGUUGCUCGCCGUUCUAUUUUACAUCAAUAUUUUCACCAGAAAAGAUGUCAAUUACCAAAAUAUACUGCCACAAAUUCUAAAAGUGCUCCCAUCACUGGCUGCACACAACAUGAUGGUUCCAUUUAUAAUUCAAACAAUUACGCCAAUGCUUCAGAAGCCGGGGAAACAAGUGUUGUAUGCCACAGGCACCCGUUUACUUUAUCAGACCUGGGCUAUGAAUGGCCGUGCUUUUGGGAGUUUGCAGGCAGCAAUUCUUCCAAAGGGUUUUGCAGAAUUCAAGUCUGAGAGAAUUACCUGUAUAAGCUUAGCUGCUUCUAUCAGAGAUGUUUGCCAGAAAAACCCUGAUAGGGGUGUUGAUCUUAUUUUGUCUGUCUCGGCUUGCAUUGAGAGCCAAGACCCAACCAUUCAAGCUCUUGGUUUCCAAGGCCUGGCACAUCUUUGUGAAGCUGAUGUAGUUGACUUUUAUACUGCCUGGGAUGUCAUUGCAAAGGAUGUGCUAGAUUACUCGGUGGACCCUGUUCUAGCGCAAAGCUUAUGCUUUCUACUGAGAUGGGGUGCAGUGGAUGCUGAGCUAUAUUUAGAAGCUUCAACGAAUGUUUUGCAAAUAUUAUGGGUUGUUGCUGUGACCUCACAUAUUAAUCAUGUGGAACAAUGGACAAAGGCCAGGGCAUCUGCCUUUGAAGCAUUAUCCCAGUAUGAGGUGCCUCAUCUGCAAAAUGCUAUCCCAGAUUUCAAGAAAGACAACACAAGUUUGCUCUUUUCUGAGACAAAUCAUGAUGUUCUAAGAGCCAUGGAAGGACUUGAAGUCAAGAUCAUUGGACAUGAUCACUUAACUCGCCGGAGAUUGGUCAAGGAGAAAAGGGUUGCAAGAAGUAAAAUCGAGAAGUUGUUGGACGUACUUCCUCGGGCGAUCUUUCCUUCAGAGAGUAAAGGCAAUGCUGGACAAUUACCUGGUGCAGCUCUAUUAUUGCUGUCAUUUACACCUAAAGAAUCGAUCAAACGAGGACUCGUCAAUGUAGCAUUGGAUGUCCAUGCAAAGUAUGAGAAUGCACUUGCAGAAAUUGCUGGCUCUCUUCAUUUAUCAAGAAACACUUUUGUUGCCCUCCUUUCCCUUGAAUCAUGGAAAUCCUUCAUGCACCGUUGGAUGAGUGCUAAUGUUUCCUCUCAUGACGCUAAAGCAGCUACUAUUGGAGUAGACAGAAUUUCUAAAGCUGCAAAUGAUAUUUUGAAGAGUGCAAUGAAAUUGGCCGAAGCUUCUUUGCCAAGAUCUGCUGAAAACAUUGCACUUGCUGUUGGUGCACUUUGUGCGGUCUUGCCUACAUCUGCCCAUACUGUUAAGUCAACUGCUUCAAAAUUUCUAUUGAACUGGCUAUUCCAGCAUGAACAUGAACAUCGCCAAUGGUCAGCUGCAAUUUCGCUCGGCCUGACCUCAACCGGCCUCCAUGUCACCGAUCAUAAGCAGAAAUAUGAAAACAUCAAUGGACUGCUUGAGAUAUUGUGUGCAAGCAGAAGCACCCUUGUGAAAGGUGCAUGCGGUGUUGGCUUGGGCUUUUCAUGUGAAGAUCUCCUGAGCAGGGUUGAUGAAUCGGAUGACAAAGAGAAAGAGAACUACAGGAUGCAAGAGCUUGACUUACUAUCUAGGAUUGUUAGGGCACUGCUUCUGAUGAUAAGUCCGCUUAGUGAAGCUUCACAUGAUUUAAUGGUAGGCUUAUCUGCAUGCCUCCCACUGGGUAAUAGCGGCUCUAGAUUAGAUCUCAGCUCUAAGUUUUUGGUUGAAAAGUCUGUUGAAUUUGGGGAAGAUGUAUGGGGUGUUGCUGGUCUCAUUCUUGGUUUGGGGUCCUCUGUUGGUGCAAUCUACAAGGCUGGGGCAUAUGAUGCCAUACUCAAGAUAAAAGACCUGAUUAUCUCCUGGAUUCCACAUGUAGACUUUUCACCACUGAACAGUAGUUUCCUUGGAGAGGAGCUGGACAAGGUUCUAUCAGUAGGAUCCUGUCUCAUUCUUCCUAAUAUUCUUGCUUUCUGCCUGAAAGUAGAAUUGAUGAAUCAUGAUCAGCUGGAUCAUCUGUUUCAUGGAUAUGAGAAUCUUAUUGUGGAACUCUUAGCAGUGAAGAAAUCUGGUACUUUCCAUCAAAGCUUGUUGGCAGCCUCGUGCAUAGGAGCAGGAAGCCUUCUUGCCUGCAUUUUAAAAGAAGGGGUGCACCCUGUUGAUGCCGAGUACAUACAACGUCUGCUUGACUUGUUUAGAAAAUGCUAUACUAAUCCUCAUCCUUCAAUGAUAAAUCUUGGUGGGAUGCUUGGAAUAGUUAAUGUCAUGGGCGGAGCAGUUGGGAUUUUGGUUCAUGACUUUUCAUCUCAAAUGAGGAGUGCUUAUGAUCAGGAUUCAUCUCAUCUUUUAGGUCCUUUGCUUUCGAGUCCAGUUUGCGAAGCAAAUUUGACUUCAUUGGUGCAAGAGAUGUUUCUUGUAGCUCAGAAUCCCAACGAUCUUCUGAUGCAACAGAAUGCAGCUUGGGCGCUGUCCUUCCUGCGAAACCAUUUAUGGUCACAGGAAAGUAAAAAUAUUGAACCUACUGAGCAGUCUGAUGUUGAUGACUCCAGAAGAGUUUCAAACAGCUUUCCUGAAGAUAGUUUAGUGUUGACGCUAUCUAUGUGGCUUCUGAAUUUGAACUUUUCCGAGGCUGGGAGGGUUACUCUUGUUGGCAAUGCAGCUGCUGCCCUAAGAUGCCUUUCACGAGCUCCACGGCUUCCAGCUGUUAAUUGGGGAAUUAUCAUUAGGCGCUGCAUGAGAUAUGAGGCUCAAGUUUCCCAAUCUAUGCCCUCAGAUUCAGAUUUUGAGAAAGUAACACUUAGGGAGGAAUGCCUGCACUUCGCUAUAUCCCAUGCAAACCAAUUUGAUCAGCUUCUUACAUUCCUUGACGAGCUCUCUCUCCUGUCAAGGUUCAGGACACUGGAGCUGAAUCUUCAAUCAUGCCUCCUUAGUCAUCUGGCUGGCCUGAUACAGGUUUUCUCAGGGUCUAGGCUACUGACUCUAUUAGAUGAUGUCAUGGACUUCUUUUCCUCAGAUUCAUCAUAUGAAGCAUGCAGCCUUGUUCAGAAAAGGUUCUUGAGGGUAUCAUGCUGGAAGGGUGUAUGUGACUGUUUAGAUGAAGCUUCCCUCGACUCUCUAGAGUGUAUAUCUAGUAUUGAACGGUGCAUGGAGGUUCUGUUUAUUCUGUUGCCCUCGUCAGAUUCUGCUGAGAUUAGUGAUCAUGGGCCUAGUUCCUCUCAAGAAUGGGUUGAAGCUGUUAGAUGUUUGUCAAAGGCUCGAGGGGACUGGCUAUCAAACUUUCUGCAGGUUCCCUUGGUGAGUGUCACAGAAGGGGACUUCAGAAUCCUAAAGAAGAUUCAUGCGAAAUCAAAGCUGGCCCGAACAGGCUCCAUCCCUUUUAUUGAGCUGGGAAAACUGAAAUCUAGUUUGUUGAACUCCAAAUCAGAUGGUGUUUGGAAUGUUCUCAUCGAGGUUGUUGCAGCUUUGCAACGUGCAGACGGAAGUGUGAAGAGACAGUGGCUAGUUGAUGCCGUGGAAAUAAGCUGUGUAUCAACCCAUCCAUCCACGGCACUGAGAUUCAUCGGUCUCCUAUCCGGCAUCUGCUGCAAAUACAUGCCCUUUCUGACCAUAGACACAUUCACCGUACUAAGCGAUCUACCAGUCACUCUUGCUGCUCUACUCAAGGAACCCAAUUGGGAAGUUGUGGCAGAAUCCAUCGCUUCAAAUCUCUUCGUAUCAUUGGAACGAGUGCACAGCUGGGUUACAUCCAGGUAUAGCUUGUUCAGCACUCAACCUAUUGAUGAGAGCGAGAAGGAAAUCGCGCCAUUCUUAUUGCGUACUAUGCAUUGUACCUGUAUAUGUUUGAAAGAUUUCCUGCCGCUCGAGAAUCAGCUUCGACUUGCCAACUUAAUGUUCGAGCAUUAGGGUUGGAACUCCUCACACCGUCGGUGUCUAUACUAACUUAAGCUGUAGAGAUUAGCUCAUUGGCUUUGGCUAGUGAGAUUGUAGCGUAGUGUGACAUUGUAACAUCCGCAUAAGACAUUGCUCGCUAUUUGUGAUGUACUCUUAUGAUACUCAGCCGUGAAGAGUGGAAAAGUUCGGCCUUUUGCAAGUUUUAAGCAAGCUCAAGCUAGUUGGUUUUACGUCAAUGUUAUUACGUCGAUAUGAAAUUGAUUGAAUCAUGUUGUACCAUUAAAUUUAUCUAGUGUAAUAUUUGUUUUGUUUGCACGAAUCAUGAUAAAAGGUUAGAUACCAACAUACUGGUGGGGGAAGGAACAUAACAAUCCUAUCCAAUUCUCACAUUACUGUAAAAGUAUUGAACGUCGGACUUGAUUGAUUGAGUGUUAAUAACAUGUUAGACGUAAAUCUGAUUUUAUUGGACGAUCAAUCUAAGUAGACUGAGUUAGAUUGAUAGACUAACUGAUCAUUUUGUAACAAAUCAAGGAUUCCGGU